UUUUGAUAAAAAAGAAAGAAAAAAAGAGAACAUUCUUCUUCAGACAGACAAUUCAUAAAAUCAUCAAAAAAGACCUUUGUGUCUUCUUCUAAUUUGGUGUUUACAUGAAGAAAUAAAGACAUGAAGUAUUCUUCUUCUUCUUCAUCAUCAUCUUUUCAUUAUUUUUUGCGAGAGAGAUGCCUGAACAAGGGGAGGCUUUCUCCAUUUUUCAUGUCUUUUGUUCUUGUGACUGUCAUUUUCGUACCCUUCAUCUUUUAUUCUAUUAACCAUUUGAAUCCCAUCUCCAAACACGCCCUUGAUCAAAAGCUUCCUUUGUUCAAACCUCAUCCUAGUAAUAGUUUUCGAGGUUAUGAUAAUGGGAUUUUGAAGAAGUGUGAUUUGUUCAAGGGCCAUUGGGUGCCGGACCCCCAUGGUUCUCGAUAUACAAACUCUAGUUGCACCUCAAUUCCGGAUUCAAAGAACUGUUUCCGCCAUGGGAGAAGCGACAGAGAUUUUCUGAAUUGGAGAUGGAAACCUGAUAAAUGUGUUCUUCCAAGGUUUGAUCCCAAAACAUUCCUGGAAUUUGUUAAAGGGAAGAAACUUGGAUUCGUUGGCGACUCUGUUGCUAGGAACCACGUUGAAUCUCUUCUUUGCCUCCUCUCAAAGGUUGAAACUCCCAUAGAUCAGUACAAAGAUUCAGAAGACAGAAACCGGAUUUGGUAUUUUCCUAAUCAUGAUUUCACUCUUAUCAACCUUUGGACCAAAUUCCUUGUUCACGAUGAAGAAAGAAUGAUCAAUGGUUCAUUAUCUGGCACUUUCAAUAUAUACCUCAACAAAAUCGACGAAGGAUGGAGCAAAGAGCUUCCUAUUCUAGACUAUGUCAUAAUCUCGGAUGCACAUUGGUUCUUUCGACAGAUUUACCUACACAAUAGCACCGGUGUUGUUGCCUGUGUAUACUGCAAUUCCCCGAACGUGACAGAUUACGGUGUUGGGUUCGCCCUGAAGUUGGCACUUCGAUCUGCAUUGACGCACAUCAACAAUUGCAAGAACUGCAAAGCAAAGGUCACCUUAGUCCGGACAUUUUCGCCAGCACAUUUUGAGGAUGGGGGAUGGAACACAGGGGGAAGAUGUAACAGGACAAGCCCUUUGAGUGAAUCAGAGAUAAACAUGAGCGGCCCGGAAUGGGAACUGAGGAGCCUGCAAAUGGAAGAGAUUGAAAAGGCGAGGAAGAAAGGUGGUAAGCUCAGGAAAAGGUUUGGGGUUUUGGACGUAACGAGAGCGAUGAUGAUGAGACCAGAUGGUCACCCUGGUGAGUUCUGGGGAAAUAAAUGGAUGAAGGGUUAUAAUGACUGUGUUCAUUGGUGCUUGCCAGGUCCCAUUGAUGUGUGGAAUGAUUUUUUUAUGGCGGUACUGAUAAGAGAAGCUUCAUAGUGAAAUGGCUUUUACAUCCAAAGUAGUUAGGGAUCAUAUACAUGAUAUAUUUACAUCUAAUAAUUUGAUCUCCAUUUUUU